AUGACUCGUCUACCACCCAAGACAGCAGACACCCAUAACAUCGAGUUCAAGAGCCUUGCGAAGCGUGUUCUCCUAACGCCUACUAUAUACAUCCUCACAACUUUCUCGGUCGUCUGCGCCAUGCUCGAAGCCUUCGCCUUCCAGGGCAUGUUCCUCCUCUGGCUCAAGCACAACAAGUCUCGUUUCUCCCAAACCGCUAUCAACACGUACCCUCUCGGAAUUCAAGCUGUUGCGAUCGUCUCCCAAAUUCUGGGCGGAGCCUUCAUCGACCACACAGGUCAUCGUCUGCCCAUGAUCAUCUUUAGUGGAGCGAUGCAGCUCAUCACCGCAUCGCUUCUGCUCGUGCGAAACCUUCCAGAUGCGGGAGUCUUCACAGCGCAUUACCUCAGCGGCACGAGUUUUAUCGUGAAUCCAAUCAUGUACGGGUGGGCCACAACCAUCUGCCAGCGAACGGGCGACGAUGCGGUGAGGGGUGUGACCGUGUAUACAAUGGCCAUGGGCGGCCUGAUUUUGUAUACAUGGUGGGGUAUCGUCAUGUACCCAGCGACUGAUGUACCAUACUGGAAGAAGGGAAGCAUCACCAUGAUCGUGGUGGUCUUUGCUUUCAUUGGAUGGGCGUUCGUGGUCAGAUGGCUUGAUAGGAAGACGGCGAUGGCUGCUAACCGUGAGCCAGCUGAGUCUGGAGAGCAUGAGGUGCCGGAAGUGGUUGAUGAGAAGACGAAGUGUGGGUAG